AACGGUAAACACGCAUGCGCAGUGCGUGCUCUUCCCGAACGCUUUUCUCUUCUGCUCGUUCACAGGCGUCUAACGGGCGUCUUUUCGCAUGCAUCCAAACAUGCAAGUCAAUUCACGCUCAAUCUGACCUGCACUUCAUCUUGCUGCAAUGCAAUGCAAGUCAAUGCAAUGUCUGCUGCAUGCAUGAGGGCUGCAUAGCUAGAGCUAGUGUUGCCCUGGCUAACCCUAGCUGAUCUGUACUGUAGCCAUAGACACCAUUUGAGAAUAUUUAAUUAAUAUUCACUAAAAGGUACCAGUAAUUGUAAUGCAUUUCUCUAAAAAAUGCUCAGUGUUUAAGGUGGUGCUCAGUGCGCUUCUCAUUGUUGCACUGUUGCAGCUUUUAUAUCUGUCUUUCCUUUCAAAACUGCAUGGCAAACAGCAGCGCUACAAGUUUUCAGAGCUGUUCGGAUCCAAAAAAACUGCAAACCAAGAUGAGAAGAACCCCAGACGGGAACAUCUCAGAUACUCUUUAUCCACAGGCGGCAUCUUCGAUGGCAGCGGACAGUAUCGUGUGUAUAAGAACCUGAUUAAAAGUGACUUCUCCACCAAUCAGAAGCCAGGAGCAGAUUCCAGAUCGCACCAUCUGGCGUUGGCCACGCAUACGACGAUCAACAACCUUCACCAUUUGAACUCUCUGCUUGAGCGCUGGCAGAAUCCUCUUUCUAUAGCUAUAUUCGCCCACGGACAAGAUGUCAAGUUCGCGACGGCCUUCGCCUACGCCCUCAGCUUGUUUUGCCCUCAAGUUAAAGCGUUGGUUGACUUCCACCUGGUCUGCCUUUCAGGAGAAACGGCCAGUUUUCCAGAGCAGGAUCGAGAGCACUUCGCCGGUCUCGAGGAGAAGGGCUGUUCCGGUGUCUUCGCGAAUCUCGAAUCCCACCGAGACAAGUAUAAAAACUACGCCAUUGGAAACAACGUCUCGUACCCGAACAACCUUCUCCGAAACGUGGCCCGCAGCGGCACAGACUCGGCCUACAUCCUGGUCAUCGACGUCGACAUGAUUCCCAGUGCCAAUUUGCACCACCAGUUCGUGACCAUGCUAAUGAAACGUGAACCCGCCGCGGACGAGGUCCUCGUUCUUCCAGCGUUCGAGAUCAGACACACGCGUAAAAUGCCCGGGUCGAAGCCAGAGCUGGUGCAACUCUAUCAGGUCGGAGAGGUGAGGCCGUUCUACGAUGAGCUGUGCCCUCGCUGUCAGGCUCCCACUAACUACUCCCAGUGGGUCAACCGGGCCAGCCGAAGCUCUGGGCCGCUGGAGGUGGCGUACACCUUAAACUGGGCCGAUCCCUGGGAGCCGUUCUACAUCGGCGCUCGAUCGGUUCCUCUCUACGACGAGAGCUUCCGGCAGUACGGCUUCAACCGGAUCAGUCAGGCCUGCGAGCUUCACGUCGCUGGCUACCGGUUCUCCGUCCUGAGCAAUGCGUUUGUGGUGCACAAGGGCUUCAAGGUCCAGGGAGAGUUUCACAGCAGGAAGGACGAGGAGAACCGCAAGAACCGGGUCCUCUUCCGCAGCUUUAAGGAGAGCCUGAAGGACAAGUAUCCCAACUCUCCUCGCCACUGCUGAGGAAACCUGUCAAUCAAAUCCUCAAACACACCUUCCAGACGCUCAGAGGAAAACACUGACUAAACUAAGAACCUGUUUG